AUGGAAAGCGUGCCCACCAAACAAACCAUCCAGGACUCGUUCCGUGGAGCGUCGACACGACGAACAUACCUAACGUACCAGACGCAAUUCCAAGAGUUCUGCGUGUCACACAAGCACGGUCUCGACCCUGCUGCAGCCACGACAGAGGACUGCACCGACUUCUUUCACCAUCUUUACUCGCUUGGUCGCAAACCCCGUACCGUCGACUCCGCAAAAACUUCCCUGGUGGCUUACUUUAAGGACCAGCAUAUCGAGCCCAACCCGGCCCAAGCAUCUUUGUCCAAGCAAUACGUUGUGGGACUUCAAAAGUACAAUCGACAAAACAACGUCUACGAUGAAAAGAAGGCUCAUCCGCUUACUAUCGACGAGCUCUCAACCCUCAUCAACGGAUUUGCCAGACUCAACCCAUUCGUCGGGACUAUGUUUCGCUGCUUGUUCUCCUGCUGCUAA